CCAAGCCGGGCGCUGUCCCUUGGGUGCGUCCUCUGCCUGAGCUCGGUGCUGUUCCCUGCACGCGUCCCGCGGCAUCCCGGCGCCGCCAUGCUCCUGCUUCUGGGGCUGUGCUUGGGGCUGCCGCUCUGCGCGGGGUCGCUGGAAGAGCCGCGGAGCUGGGGUGACACUUCAGAGCAAGUUGGAGUCCGGGUCCCGAGGCAAGUCCGGCUGUUGCAGAGGCUGAAAACCAAACCUUUGAUGACAGAAUUUUCCGUGAAGUCUACCAUUAUUUCUCGCUAUGCCUUCACUACCGUUUCCUGUCGAAUGAUGAACAGAGCUUCUGAGGACCAAGACGCUGAGUUUCUGAUGCAGAUUCCAGCCACAGCUUUUAUCACCAACUUCACUAUGCUAAUUGGAGACGAGGUGUAUCAGGGAGAAAUCACAGAGAGAGAAAAGAAAAAUGGUGAUAAGAUAGAAGAGAAAAGGAAUAAAACCACAGAAGAUAAUGGGGAGAAGGGGACUGAAACAUUCAGAGCCUCUAUAGUUAUUCCCAGCAAGGACAAAGCUGUCUUCCUCCUGAGCUACGAAGAGCUCUUGCAGCGGCGGCUUGGGAAGUAUGAGCAUGUCAUCAGUGUGCGACCACAGCAGCUGGUGGGGAGGCUGACCGUGGAAGUGAAUAUUCUGGAGAGUUCGGGCAUCACAUCACUGGAGGUGCUGCCUCUGCACAACAGUAGGCAGAAGGGCAGCGGGAGGGCAGAAGACAAUGCUGGGCCACCUCCUUCUACUCUUAUCAACCAAAAUGAAACUUUUGCCAAAAUAAUUUUUAAGCCUAGUGUGGUACAACAAGCGAGGAUUGCACAAAAUGGCAUUUUGGGAGAUUUCAUCAUUAGAUAUGAUGUCAAUAGGGAACAGAACGUUGGAGACAUCCAGGUUCUAAAUGGCUAUUUUGUGCACUACUUUGCCCCCAAAGACCUUCCUCCGUUACCCAAGAAUGUGGUGUUUGUGCUUGACAGCAGUGCCUCCAUGGUAGGAACCAAACUCCGGCAGACCAAAGAUGCCCUCUUCACAAUCCUGCAUGACCUCCGGCCCCAGGAUCAUUUCAGUAUUAUUGGAUUUUCCAACCGGAUCAAAGUGUGGAAGGACCAUUUGGUGUCAGUGACUCCCAACAAUAUCAGAGAUGGCAAAGUCUACAUUCACCACAUGUCGCCCACCGGAGGCACAGACAUCAACGGGGCCCUGCAGAGGGCUAUCAGGCUGCUCAACAACUAUGUGGCCCACAAUGACAUUGAAGAUCGCAGUGUAUCUCUCAUCAUCUUCCUGACGGAUGGGAAACCCACCGUCGGGGAGACCCACACCCUCCAGAUUCUCAACAACACUAAGGAGGCUGCCCGAGGCCAAAUCUGCAUCUUCACCAUCGGCAUUGGGAAUGAUGUGGACUUCAAGCUGCUGGAGAAACUGUCGCUGGAAAACUGUGGCCUCACACGGCGUGUCCAUGAGGAAGAGGAUGCCGGCUCACAGCUCAUUGGCUUCUACGAUGAGAUCAGGACCCCUCUGCUCUCUGACAUCCGCAUCGAUUACCCACCCAGCCUCGUGGAGCAGGCUACCAGAACCCUCUUCCCCAACUACUUCAAUGGCUCAGAGAUCAUCAUUGCUGGGAAGCUGGUGGACAGGAAGAGGGAUCGGUUGCACGUGGAAGUCACAGCCAGCAACAGUAAGAAAUUUGUUGUACUGAAGACAGAUGUGCCCUUGGAGCCCCAAAAGGUGGAGAAUGAUGUCACAGGAAGCACCAGGCCCAAGGGUGAUGGUGAGGGGGACCCCAACCAUCUCGAGCGUCUCUGGAGCUACCUGACCAUGAAGGAGCUGCUGAACUCCUGGUUACAGAGUGACGACAAGCGGGAGAAGGAGCAACUGAGGCAGAAGGCCCAGGCUCUGGCUGUGAACUCUCGCUUCCUCACCCCGUUUACCUCCAUGAAGUUGAAGAGACCUGCACUGCAGACAGAGAAGCUAGAUGAGAGCUAUGGCAUGUCCGCUGCAACGGGGCCUGAAACAGUGAUGCAGAGCCUGCAAGGCUCCAACCUGCAGCCAGGGCCUGCUCUCAAGAAACCAUAUGACCCGAGAAUUAAAGUCUCCAAAACAUCAGCGGACGGAGAUCCCCAUUUUGUUGUGGAUUUCCCCUUGAACAAGCUCACUGUCUGCUUCAACAUUGAUGGGCAGCCUGGGGACAUCCUGAGGCUGGUCUCUGAUCACACAGACUCUGGUGUGACCGUGAACGGAGCGUUAAUCGGGGCCCCCGCUCCUCCCGGCGGCCACAAGAAACAACGCACUUACUUCCGCACCAUCACCAUCCUCGUCAAUAAACCCAACAGGUCAUACCUUGAGAUCACACCACACAGAGUCAUCUUGGAUGGUGAAGACAGGCUGGUCCUCCCCUGCAACCAGAGCGUGGUAGUGGGGAGUCGGGGGCUGGAGGUGUCAGUGUCUGCCAAUGCCAAUGUCACCGUCACCAUCCAGGACACCAUUGCCUUCGUCAUCCUCAUUCACCUGUACAAAAAACCAGCCCCCUACCAGCGAGACCACCUGGGUUUCUACAUCUCCAGUAGCAAAGGCCUUUCCAGCAACUGCCACGGACUGUUAGGUCAGUUCCUGAACCAAGAUGCCAGAGUCACAGGGGAGCCUGACGGGCCCAGCAAGAACACGACUGGUUCUCCCCUCCCAAAGGCAGGCGAGGUGUCUGCGACUGUUUUGAAGGUGAAAGGACACCAGGUCCCGGUGGUCUGGAAACAGAGGAAAAUCUACAACGGGGAGGAGCAGGUAGACUGCUGGUUUGCCAGGAAUGCUGCCCAGCUGCUUGAUGGAGAGUACAAGGACUACCUGGCGGCCCAUCCUUUUGACUCAGAGACUUCAUUCGGCCUGGGAAUAUCCAGGGGACUCUGACACCAGCACCCUUAAUGUCAGAGUGGCUGACAGGGAAAUGGCCUUCGGGGACACUGUGGCAUGGUCCUUAUUGCUGGCCUGUGCCUGUCUCUUGGCAGUAUGCUGUGACCUUUGGCCUGCCGCUGGUCGCCUAUAGGUUGGACAUCGUCUUGAGCAAAGGGUAGUAUCAGGAAGCAGAAGUAAAAUGUUUCCCCUGCUUCUUCCUCCUGUCCAACCUUAUAGUUGGACAUAAGGUCCAACAUAAGUUUAUGUUCGGCAUAUAGUCCAACAUAAGGUUUCCUUCUGUACUAUAGAGAGAGGUGGUAGCGCCAAAGGGGGAAAGGCCAUGAUUAAAAGCAGGAAGUCCAUGUCUUGUACCAACUGGCUUGUCCAUCUCACAGCCCAUCAUAAAGGAACUCUGAUGAAGGAAGUUUGUCGCAAAGUUUGUUUUUUCUGUAGAAAAAGCCAAGUUUGGACACAAUUGCUUUUCACCUUGUUAAUGCUUAGGGAUCUUUCCUCUUCAUACUGCUGCAUUCUCCAGAUGUGUGGCCAGCCUCUGCUUCAGGGCGUUCUUUGGUGGAGCCCGGACCGUGGGUCAUGUGAUAGAUAGCCUAUAGAUUUGAUCAUUAUAAACUAUUAAGUCUUUUCUUAGGAGAAGAUUUUCUUCUACUGUGAUACCUUGCCCUUGAAAUUUAGUUUUCAUUUUUAUAAAAAAACUAAUUAAAACUUAGAAAAUCUACAUCCCAGCUACCCAUGUCUUUCUAAUGGGUUUUUACUUUGCCAGUGAAUAUUCUAUUUAUUCCAGUAAGCUACAUGCUUAUAAUAAAGAGGACAACUCCACAUGGAUGUUUUUACUGGCCCGUCUUGGUGCUGGAUGAAUGGCCAAGCUUUUACUAGGCACUUUUUGGCCUUCAUCAUCAUCACGGCCUUCUUUGUCCAGGAGGUGAUAAAUUAGGCUCCCCAGGUACCGGACUGGGAGGCAGACACAGCACAGGGAGAGACUGACAUACAGGAAUCAACCUGCAUGUUCUCAGCAGGAAGUACACCUGUGUACAGAGUCUAGGAAGCCUUUCCACACCUUGUGUAGGCAAAGCAGGGACUCAGCACGAGUCACGGGCUGUGGUUCCAGAGAGCGGACAUAGCCAAUCCCGUAAGGAACAGGUUAAAUUGGGGAGGGGAGCUCCAGGAGUCACCGACUGUCCACCUUCUCAUCGUGGGCACCCUCUUCGCAGCGCAUCAUAUGAUCACAGGACACGAGGGUGCUGGUGCCAUCGGAGCCUUACUUCCUGCUCUCCUCGCCAGUUCUCGGUUUCAGUUUGGUCUCCUCAGGACCACUGCGGUUCUGAAAGUCUGAUCCUCAUUGAGUGAGGGGCACAGUCGGGACACAGAUGGACACAGGGGGCACUUGUGUCAAACAGCAGAGAAAGAUUUGGGCCAGAGACGUAGGAUAGUUUGAUGUGAGACUGAAUGAAGUAAAGGCCUUCGUGCUGGCUUCACAGGGGUUGUCCCCAGUCGGGACCGACUCCAGAGCAGGCUUUCAUGAAAAAUGAAAGCAUGCUUAGCACUUGGAGGGAAAUCAGAGCUACAAAAAUUGUUUGUCAUACUUGCCUUCCCAUGGGAACCAUUUGAACAGCAAAACGACUUCCACGUGUUCCUGUUGGACCAGGGGAUUAAGUUAGUAGCUGGGGACUUUUCAGUCUUCUCUCAGUCUCUCUCCUCUGAGUGCAGCCACUAGACGGUGGUCUGCCAGCUGUGUUAUUUUUGACUCCCACCAUCUCAGACUAGCCACCUGUUUUCAUGCCAGCAUGUGAAGAUACCUGCCCAGACUGACAGAUGCUCCCAUAUUUCAGAGCUCAGAGGAAGAGGAGGAGCAUGAGCCAGGGCCAGCCAGGGAGUGGCCAGGCCCAACAUACAACUGCAGUUCCAGCUGAGUAGAUGUCCCCUGAGCCAGAGGUCAGCCCGCUGUGUUAACAGUGGGAGUAAUGACCUGUGUUCCAGGUGUAGGCCUCAGAGCUGCAGAGAGGAGUCUACUGAGAGACAUUCCCACUUCUUACUGCUUUUCAAGAGCAGCGGAGAAUAUUGCAGUGGCCUAACCAUCGCUUCCUCUCCUACUUAGGAAAAAAAAAACAAUUUUUUUAAGUAUCAAGAUUGAGCUCUUAUUUUAAAGUUUUUACUUGAGACAAAUUCACUUUUCUUUCUCCUCCUCUUCAGUUGUACAUCUGUUUUUAUUGCUAAAGGUAUUUACCAUUAAAUUUUCUCUUCUCACCUGGAAACUGACAUAUGUGAGCUCAAAAUUCCACACUGAUGUUAUACUUAGGGCCUUUUAAUUUGAUCGAAAAAUGUAGCAUUUUCUGUUGGCCAUGUGGUGAAGAGUAAGCUAUUUUGAAGUCAAUGCAGGAUGAAGGAGGAAUUCUCUUCUCCUCUGGUAGGGAAACUGAGGCAGGGUACCAUUGGGUGAUUUUUCCCAUGUUAGGUAAAAGACUCACAGGGAGACCAGGCUGAAUUUCCAGAACUACUUUUGUUUGCUUUGACACAUUUUCACCAUCUGGGCAAUCAUUUAUUUUCCUUGACCAUUUAUAAAUUUACAGAGGGUAACUAAAUGAGAAGUUAAAUGAGAUUGAGAAAUAGGUUGCAUUCAGAGAAGAUAAAUCACAUGUGUCAACACAGCUAAUGUGAAAGAGUCAUAACAACUGAUUAAGAUCUUAAAAGUCUUCAUCUCUGGCUUCCCACCCCCUCCCACAUCUAAAAAGAAAGCCUUCUAAUGGGUCAUCUUGAUUUAAAGUUUUACAUUCUCCAAAUAAAUGGACUGAAUGUUCUCUGCCCAGCCAUGCUGGGUGGUUUACCGUC